UGAGGUCCAAAAGCUCUGUUGUGAUUUUGGACAAGUCACUUUCCAUUUCCCUUGUGGAACUAGAGAGGAGAAGAGCAGGUCAACCCUCUUUGUAUAGGUCUACCGUGUCUGUUCGCUUUGGUGUCUCAUCCUGCUGCAGAUCCUCUACAGAUAACAAACCAGCAAAAACAAAUGACGGUUACCAGAGUCCCAGAACAGCUAUGUUGGGCUGUAGCAAACGGAAUGGCCAAGAGAGUGGUUUAAGUCCCCGCAGAGGCCCUCUAAUAAAGCAGCAGUGCCGAAAGGUCGAGCAAUUAGUGCCUGCUCAUGUUGGUAACUGCAAAGCUGAUGACUCAAACACACAAUGCCACGGCGCUACUUUGAGAUUAUUGUCAUUCAGAGGGUCAAGCCCCUCAAACACAUCGGCUUGGAGGCAGAAGGGGAAUGCAGAUGAUGCAGCCUUCCCUACCCAAAGCAAUUUCAGGCACCGGCUGGAGACUUUCAGUAUUGGCCCAGUGGACUCCGGAACAUGGGGCAAGGAUGAAGUGAGUGGCAAGAUGCAGGAACAACAAGAACAUCCAAGUUCUUCAGAACCUUGUAAAGUCUCAGCUUUGCAUAAGCCCUGUUUUCAUUCCCAAUUGAAGGCUCUGGGAGGGACACUCAAGACUCUCAGCCUCAAAGAGGCUUUGGAGCUCUUCAGGCCAGACUUCAUCAGCCGAUCACAAGGUCGUGUGAGGAGGCUGGAGCAGAAGGCCAGGAGAAGGAGAGCGCUGCAGGACUCCAAUCCAGACCUGCUGCAGGGCCUCAGGGAGGAUAGAGGCAAACAAAAGAGAAAUUGCACCACACCAGAUCCACUUAGUGAUAACCUUUUCAAGCCAAGAGAAAGGUCUAUAUCAGGCAGAGAGAUGCAGCUGAGGUCCAGACGGAUUUACAACAAGCUGCCAGAGGUGACAAAGAAAAAGGAGGAUGAGAAAAAGAGGGCUGUAUCACAAACCAACAGACUGCGAGUAGAGGUUUUUAAAAAGAAACUUCUCGACCAGAUCCUGCAAAGAUAAAUGAGAAAGGCACACUGAGACAAAUGGGGACCAUUCACUCUUAUUCCUCUUUCUUGCAUGCACAGUAUAUUAAAAGUGACCUUGCAUUCAGUGCCGUUACUGUAAUAGUCUAUGCAUGUUUGUUAAAUGACUUUUUCUUAAAUGACCUCUUUCAUCUUUGCCCUUUGCAACCUGAUUGCUUUACAUUGCAAAAGAAUGAAACAAACAAGAGCUUUUGCUUACAAUGUCA